CAACCCGGGCUUCGGUCGGUUCGCAACGCACAGACGACUUUUCGACUACUUCCAAACGUUACAAGAGACUCUACUUUAUAUCAAACGGCGACUUUAUUACUUCCGCCGGCGCCCGGGUUCCUGAUUCUCCGUUAGAGGGGCGUGGCCACCAACUUAGACGUAAGACGUGUUUAUGUCAAGCAGGCGGGGAGCCCGCAUACCGUGUCAGAUCCCCCAGUACGUGGAUAAUAAACGCUUGCAAAUCUGAACAUUUCCAGAAAGGUGUCUGAGCAAACUGCAGUGCCACCCUUGCCCGGGUGCCAUGUUCUUGUGUUCCACAUGAGCUCUACUAUGUGGUACAUCAUGCAAAGCAUUCAAAGUAAAUACUCCUUGUCUGAGCGUCUAAUCCGCACCAUAGCAGCUAUCCGCUCAUUCCCACAUGACAAUGUGGAGGAUCUCAUUCGCAAGGGGGCUGAUGUAAACAGGAUGCAUGGCACACUGAAGCCCUUGCACUGUGCCUGUAUGGUGGCUGAUGCUGAUUGUGUGGAACUACUGUUGGAGAAGGGAGCAGAGGUUAAUGCCUUGGAUGGGUACAACCGCACCGCACUGCAUUAUGCAGCAGAGAAGGAUGAGGGCUGUGUGGAGCUACUAUUGGAGUAUGGGGCCCAGCCCAAUGCUCUGGAUGGCAACAAGGACACCCCACUGCACUGGGCUGCCUUUAAGGAUAACCCAGAGUGUGUGAGGGCCCUGCUGGAGAGCGGUGCCUGUCCCAAUGCCCGCGACUACAACAAUGACACGCCACUGAGCUGGGCCGCAAUGAAGGGCAACCUAGAGAGUGUCAAGGUGCUGUUAGAGUAUGGGGCCCAGGUGCAUGUGACCAACCUGAAGGGCCAGACACCUAUCUCAAGGCUGGUGGCGCUGUUGGCUCGGGGCCUGGGCACUGAGCAGGAGGAGGAAUGCCUUGAGCUGCUGUGCCGGGCGGCUGGGCAUUUUGAAAUCCGGCGGGCUGAUGGCAGCCUGCCUAGGGAACUGAGUAAAGAUCCCCAACUACUGGCCAAGCUGACCAGUAUGGUGUCUCAGGCCCCAACACUCCGCGCUUUGGCACGCUGUGCUGUCCGGCAGAGCCUCGGUGUGCAGUUCCUCCCUGCUGCUGUCAAAGAACUCCCUUUACCAGAAUCUAUCAAAGACUAUCUACUGCUGAGAGACUGAGGGCAUGAGACCUCAUAGUUAUCACUGGCUGAUAUUAGACAAUUCAAAACACUGCAUUUAUGGUCAGGAAAGUCUCUCUCAGUGGAGUUAGACAAUAUUGUUCUGACAAUGUCUGAUGAUACAGUCUGUCCAGUGCCUCUGACAGAAGGUGCAGUUCAUAACUUGAUGCUUAUGAAUGGAUGUUAUAUGGUGUGUGGGCUAUUUUGUGUAUAUUAUAGUACGAGUGAUAAUCUUUUUUUUUAAUGAUGUCCUGCAGAAUCCACAAAGCAGAACAGAAAAUUUUGUGUCCAAUGGGAACAAUUUUGUUUGUUUCUGAGAUAAAAAAGAAGAAAAAACAGUAAAUUUUGGUUUCAGCCAGAUAUUGUAGAUAACACUUUACACUUGUUUCAUUUUGCUAUCUCAAAAUGUACAAUACUGAUCAAAUAAAACUUAAAUGCACAUUUUAUGCACAGCCUUAGUUUGAUGCUUUUAUGCCUGGUGUCAUAUGUGAAGGUGUGUUGAUUUUAGCAUUUGAUUGCACUUUCAUUUAAUAAACAGGAAUGUUAAAUUUUACAUUUUACACUGUGCAGUUCACCUCGCGAUCUCAAGAAUAUUUGUGGUAAUUAAGGGUUCACACUUGGCAAUGUGUAAAAGUGAGAUUAUUUUGGGUUUAAGGUUUAAACUGUGGCAUGUCUGUGGCAUGGUCACUUUUUUGUCUUUAAAAAUAAAAGAAGGAUUUAGAAACAUUUAGCAACUUAAAUGUAUUAGGCCAUUUGACUAUCAUCUGUGCUUGAUUUCGUUGCUUUGCAGAUGUGUGAUUAUAAGCUACUCAGACUGUACCAGUGACACCAGUGCUUUUCUGUUCUUAAUGAAAGUAAAUGCCUUUAUAUUACAACUUUUCUCUCUUUUCUCUUUCAUAAAAAUGGUUACUAGCACUGAGUCAUUUAAGUAAACAACUCACAAUAAAGCAACAUAUCAUUAAGCACCCACUCUGCAGCUGUAGUGGGGCCCUUCUGCUGAGACACUGAGGAUUGACUUUAGGCGUUGUUUACUUGUUAAUUUGUAGACUAGACAUAAAAUUAUUGCCCCUGAAGUUAAUUGUCUGACCUUUUUGAGGUCAGAAGUGACA